AGUGCGUUGUAAAACAGUAGAAGAACCGUCACUAGUAGCACUAGCAAAAACACACGCUGCUACCCCAUCGUUCAAAAACAAAACAGCUUCUAGCAGCCAUUUAUCCAGCGAGCUAAAUAUUUUUUUCUUUUCUUUACAGAGGAGGCUUUAUCCACCACAAUUUAGCCGCUAGUGUUACCUAGUUGGCACGUCUACGUUUUAAUUUCUAGUUAACUAACCAGCUAGCUGUUAGCUACUUGAACUAGCUAACGCUAGUAAAGUUAGCUAACUUUAGAGUUCUAGGUAGCUACUUUAUCGACCACAUUUAGUUUGAAUACCCAGCCAGGAUGCCUGAGAUAAAAGUGACACCACUGGGUGCUGGACAAGAUGUUGGCCGUAGCUGCAUCCUUGUCUCUAUUGGGGGCAAAAACAUUAUGCUUGACUGUGGGAUGCACAUGGGCUUCAAUGAUGACAGAAGAUUCCCAGAUUUCUCUUACAUAACACAACAAGGACGCCUGACAGAAUUCUUGGACUGUGUAAUUAUCAGUCAUUUCCACUUGGACCACUGUGGUGCUCUGCCGUACAUGAGUGAGAUGGUGGGCUACGAUGGCCCCAUCUACAUGACCCACCCCACCAAGGCCAUCUGCCCUAUCCUGCUGGAGGACUUCAGGAAGAUCACUGUGGACAAGAAGGGCGAAACCAACUUCUUCACAUCCCAGAUGAUCAAGGACUGCAUGAAGAAAGUAGUCCCUUUGAACCUCCACCAGACUGUCCAGGUGGAUGAUGAGCUGGAGAUCAAGGCUUACUAUGCAGGCCACGUCCUAGGAGCUGCUAUGGUGCAGAUCAAAGUAGGAUCUGAGUCUGUGGUCUACACUGGUGACUAUAACAUGACGCCAGACAGACAUUUAGGGGCUGCGUGGAUCGAUAAGUGUCGGCCAGACAUCCUCAUCUCAGAGUCCACCUACGCCACCACCAUCCGUGACUCCAAGAGGUGCAGGGAGAGGGACUUUCUGAAGAAAGUACACGAGACAGUGGAGAGAGGGGGGAAGGUUCUGAUUCCGGUCUUUGCCUUGGGUAGAGCUCAGGAAUUGUGCAUUCUAUUGGAAACAUUCUGGGAGCGGAUGAACAUGAAAGCGCCCAUCUACUUCUCCACGGGGCUCACAGAGAAAGCCAAUCACUACUACAAACUCUUCAUCACCUGGACCAAUCAGAAGAUCAGAAAAACCUUUGUACAGAGAAACAUGUUUGAGUUCAAACACAUUAAGGCCUUUGAUCGCUCCUACGCAGACAACCCUGGACCAAUGGUGGUCUUUGCCACCCCAGGAAUGCUGCAUGCUGGUCAGUCUCUACAGAUAUUCAAGAAGUGGGCUGGCAAUGAGAAGAAUAUGAUCAUCAUGCCUGGGUAUUGUGUGCAAGGCACCAUCGGACACAAGAUCCUGAAUGGUCAAAAAAAACUGGAGAUGGAGAAUAGACAAACGUUGGAGGUGAAGCUGCAGGUGGAGUACAUGUCGUUCAGCGCCCAUGCAGACGCUAAGGGCAUCAUGCAGCUCAUCCGCAUGGCAGAGCCUCGCAACAUGCUGCUGGUGCACGGAGAGGCCAAGAAGAUGGAGUUCCUCAAGGACAAGAUCGAGCAGGAGUUCACCAUCAACUGCUUCAUGCCAGCCAACGGUGAGACGACCACUGUGAUCACCAACCCCAGUGUCCCAGUAGACAUCUCACUCAACCUGCUCAAGAGGGAGAUGGCCCUUGGAGGCCCCUUACCUGACCCGAAAAAGCCUCGUACCAUGCACGGGACCCUGAUCAUGAAGGAUAAUAGUCUUCGUCUGGUCUCUCCAGAACAGGCUCUCAAGGAGUUGGGCCUCAACGAGCACCAGCUCCGCUUCACCUGCCGAGUACAGCUCCAGGACCCACACAGUGACCCCGACACUCUCAGCAGAAUCUACACACACCUCAAGAGUGUGUUGAAAGGUUAUACCAUCCAGCACCUCCCAGAUGGGACCGUCAUGGUGGAGUCCAUUGUGAUCAAGGUGUCCUCCUCAGCUGAAGAGCCCAACACCAAGGUGCUGCUGCUCUCCUGGAGCUACCAGGAUGAAGAUCUGGGGAGCUUUCUGUCUACUCUGCUGAAGAAAGGACUUCCAUCAGGGCUGUCUUCAAUGUGACGUAGUUCAGAUCGGUGGCAGGGGGCAGAGUGUUGGGCCAGUAAUCGAAAGGUCGCUGGUUUGAAUCUUUGAGCCGAGUAGGUGAAACAUUUUUCUGUGCCCUAAUUGCUCCUGUAAAUCGCUCUGGAUAAGAGUGUCUGCUAAAUGACUAAAAUGUAAAUGAUCCCAAUGUGUAGCUUACUGUAAAGGUUAGUUUCAAUGUUGUACAAAGCUGAUUUGAAUAAAUCUUUUUAUAAGAAUAAA